AGGAGGGAGCAGAGAGGCCAGUGUGCGGCAGCGCGAGCGCCCAUCCAGCCCUGAUGAUGACCAUGCGGACGGAGCUGUAGGGAGCGCGCGGUCGGUGCUUCUGCGGGGUGUGUGUGUGUGUGUGUUUUUUCGCCGUUGAGCAUCGGCAGUGAGGCGGGCACGAGGCGCUCAGGUGCUGCUACAGCGCGCGGCCGAACACACGAGAAGAGGAUGGAGUUCAAGCAGCUGGUGGACACGGCGGAGAAAUGGUGCUCGGGCAACCCGUUCGACCUGAUCUUCGCCGAGGAGGUGGACGAGAGGCGCCUGGACUUUUACGCCGAGCCCGGCAUCUCAUUCUACGUGCUGUGCCCCGACGGCAUGACAGGAGGAGGCGACAAUUUUCACGUGUGGAGUGAGAGCGAGGAUUGUCUGCCAUUCCUGCAGCUGGCCCAGGACUACAUCUCCUCCUGUGGCAACAAAACCUUGCUGGAGGUCCUUGAAAAAGUCUUCAGAUCCUUCAGACCUCUCCUGGGUCUUCCAGACAUUGAUGAUGACACAUAUGAGCAGUACCAUGCAGAUGUGGAGGAGGAAGCAGAGACAGACCACCAGCAGAUGGGCGUUAGCCAGCAAUAAUGCCCAGCGAGGCGGCUCGGCUGUGGGCCCACAAUAACGCCCGGUGAAGGGGGCCUUUCUGUGGGCUGGAGUCCAGUGUUUCUUCCCUCUCUUUUUGCUUAUUCCAUGCCAUUCUCACAUCUCUGCUCUUUUAUGAAACACACUAUCCUUCUCUCUAUCUCUCCCACACAAACAAGCGCCUGUUGAACUGCACCAUUAUGCCCUUUAAUAUGUAGAUGGCUAUGUCUCCCAAAACGAGCACUGUCGGCACACUUCACAUCUGUCUUGUUUUCAACAGCAAGGCAUAUAAUCCAUAUUAUGCACAUUAUGCAUUAACUCAUGCAUCAAGUGAGAAUACGCAGACAUCAGUCCAACACAACCCACAAUUUCCCCAAAUUUGUUUAGUUUCUGAUUAUGUGGGCUCAUUAAACAACAUUAAACUGGCCAAAUGGCCAAGAUCACUACUUUUUAAUUGAGCCACCUAAGAGUAAUGAAUAGAGAUUGUCUUUAUGAAUGUAUAGACUUAGGAAGUCCUGAUUGAUUGCUGGUAAAUAGGUGUUUGUAAUGCCUGAGGCCAAUCAGUGGUUACAAAGGUCAGAAGAUAUUUAUCGAAACUGUUGGACUACUGAUCUAAGGUUGAGCCUUUGUACUCCUAGUGAACCUCGUCAUAUGGACUGAAUGGGAAAAGCUGACUCUAGAUCAGUCGUCUUAGCUUGAGACACUCAACACAUAAUAGCCCCAAAGCAGAGACAAUGUGAUUAGAUUUUUAGAGUGGAUAGAGGUGCUUGCUGUAACUGUGGAUACUCCUCUUAUGGUCUUGACUAGUCUUUGUAUUAAAAUACACUGAAUUGCCAGUAUAUUAGGCCCUAUGGUCCCUUUCUGUUGAUGAAUGGGGUUGAGGGGGGCUGAUAAAUGCAACAGGUGGGCUAUAGUGGGCUACAGUCUGUAACUGUAAACCUACAAAGUCCACCUAUAUGAUAGGUGUUUCUGAUAAAAUGGCCAGUGAGUGGCCAUGCACGAUAUGCAACACAAAAGUUAAUUUUUGGGCAAGUUGGAAAGGAGGAAAAAAAAACCCAGCCCACAUUUAAAAAUACUAUCAAAAAUGAUGAGUACAGUGAUUUUUAUUAAACGUUUUCACACUGGGCUGCACUAAAUCCAGUUAAACUGGACAAAUUCUCUUUGUGUUCUCUUUGUAAUAAAACAGUACUGACAAUAUUUACGAUAUGCUCAGAAAAGCAUAUUGUGACGUAAUUUAUCACAAUAGUGAUAAAUAUCGUAAAAAUGCCCACCCUGUAGGUUACAAGGUAUACUAAGAAAUAUACCUAAUAAACUGGCAACUCUGUACACUUUUUGGGCGUGUUUUUGCGCUUCUGCUGGAGUUUUUAAAGCCGUAGCGACUUCUUUUCUUCUUCCAUGCUGCUCUGCUCACAGUUUAGCCAGGCAAAAAAGCUUGAAUUUGUACUUUAAAGGCCCAGUCACACUGGCAUUUGCGACCAGUAUUUUGUGAUUAAAAUGACUUUUCAGUAUGAUUUGCAUACACAGUGAGAAUUUCGAGGCGAAUAAAUGUCCCGUGUGAAAUUUUGACUCAAGGUCAGGUUUGAGGAGCUUUGAAUUUGAGUCAUUGCACUGCAGUUUUGAGGUCUGAAGGCGGUGCCCUUCGCAGUGAAUAACCAAAAUGGAGGAAAUCCUCAUUUAACCAGAGUCUAAGGCUGGGUGUGCACCACACGAUUUUUUUGGCUGAUUUCAUCCCCGAUUUGCCCCUUGUGAUGAAUUUUACAAUCUGAUGUGAUUUUCCAGGUCGGGAGCUCUAUCGGAAACGAACAAUGGCGCGGAUGAUCUGGUAGCGUGAGCGGAGAAACGAGUGAAUCUUUAGCCCUCCGAUCGAACUCUGAAGUGAUCGGAGGCCCUCUGAUGUUUGAUAAUGAGUCAAGUGAUUCAAAAAACAGCCAAUCAGUGAGUUAGAAGAGCAGAGAAACAGGCAAAGAGCAUACACAUUGCCUGAAGAGCGGAGAACUGAGAUAGAGGAGCUGUGCGUAAAACACAGGCAAAUAAGAGCCGUUAUCAUGUUUAUAAUGUUGGAUCCAGACGUCGAAGCACUCUUUUUACGAUUUGAAGUCAGCUGCCAGUUUGUAGUGAGACAGUUCGCCAGCUCAUAGUGUGAUAUCAGCGUUUCUCAGCCCCAUAUUAAUCCCCAGUUUGCCCUUUCACUGCGCAUAAAAGUACAGACAGGUCUGGUCCAGUACAUUAAGCUUUAUUUGCAUCGUGUGAUCUCUGAGGACAUCUGGGAGUCUGUGUUCUUAUUCAUAGCCCAGACUCGUUAUGUGUGUUAUACUCUCUCGUUGCCUUGUUGUCUAGUGUGAGUGGCCUCAUGACCAAAACACAAGGAAUUCUGUGACAGAUGGACGUUAAGUUUUUGACGCUCUCCGUUUUAGAAAUCUGUUAGGAUUUGAAAAGUUGUGCAGUGUACACCCAGCCUAAGCGUGACUUUUGAAACAUUUCCUCCCUGCUGGCUAUAAAUAAACACACAAAAGAGCGACGGCAUGAUACGCCAUGCUUUUUGUGAUUUUACUGUUUAUGGUAGGUGAGUUAGCUACUUGGCUAACCACAGCUCCACACAAGUCAGUCUACUGUUGACAACCCUGCUCAUUAUCUGCAUAGUAUUUGCUACAGAUUAGUGUGUGACACUAUACUGUCGCAAGUAUAUCCGUAUCUGAUAGAAUUAUGUUCACAUUUGUGUUUUGAUGCAGUUAGCUUGACCGCACCAAAACUGCACCAAAAUGGAGGAUUUUUUCACGGCCAAUCUUCCGGACCAGCCUCGGACACGGCCGUUUUGCAAGGUGAUGCAAACUGCAAAUGUCUAGUAUGACUGUGGCUUAAGAAUGAUACUCAUUUUCUUUCUGCUGUUGAUUUAAAUGCAUGCAGCACAAUAAGCAUGCUAGUAGUUCAGUACCCUCCAGUGAUCUGAGGCUGUAUUUUCAAGCCAGGGGCUAUUGUUUAGGGAUCACUUCUUAUGCGACAGCAUACACGAUCAGCGCUGACUGAGGAGAAUCUGAUCUUAGAUCAGCACUCCGUUUGCACUUCUUGACCACAGUCACUGGGCCUGGUCUGACUAGACCUUUUCAGUGUAAUCACCGGCCUCACCCCAUUCGACCUGGAACACGUUCAGAACGUUCCUGGAAAGUCGCCUCAGCACUGGUCAAUGCAAGAUUAACAGGAACGUCACAUUUUGUUCGUGGACACCUUGCUUACAUGGCUGUGGGAAGGGAAGUCGGUAUGAUCCUGCUGACCUCAGUGUGUUCAGUGCCCGCCUAAUGCUGCCUCCAUUUACCCCACCAUAACCCACAACCCACCCUCCACAGGUACACUCACUGCUUCCAUAUCGUCUUCCUCGCCAUGCUCAGUGUGCUGCCAGCAUAGAGAUAAAUUGGUCCACAUGUACUGAAGUCUGUUGUGAGGUCAGUCAGAGCUGCUCUUCUUUAAUCAUAUUUAUUUGAUUGUCCAGCUUUAUGUACUUCGUUCUGGAUUGCUGUAAGCUUUUGCAGUUUACUUUUUAAUUCCAACACCUCCUGUUAAUACUAUGCCACUUUUUAAUGAGUUUUGCCUAAAGAUGUAAGAUUUUAUAGUUUAACUACUCAUGCUUUGUUAUGUGUUUUGUUUUGUCCUCCAGUUUGUGUACGGUCCUAAAUUAUUAAACCAUGUGGAGGUGAUGAUCUUC